CCCCUGUUCCAACUUCCCUUGCCUGCCAGCAAAGAAGUGUUGAGAGAGAGACAAAGCGAACAAUAAAGAAGAAAACAAACUGAGAAGUUAUACAACAGAGCAACCUCUCUGCUCUGGUACUUUCUCCCCCACGCUCUCUCUCUCUCUCUCUCUCUGUAUACUUUGGCUCUGCCUCAAAUCUUGUACCAAGCUCACUUCCGAGUUUGAUUGUGAGCACUUGGGCUUUGUCUGCUUCUGGGUCCUCCAUUUUUUUUAAACUCCUUGUACUCUAUAUGGGUUUUUCUUAAGAAAGCUAUUGCUUUAGGAAUACUGGAGAAUCUAGCUAGAAAAUGUCUUGGAAAUGCAGAGGAGAGCAGUAUCCUAGAAAUGUUAUAUCACAAAGAUGGGCACUUUUGCUUUGUCUCGGUUGCUUCUGUGCUGGAAUGCUCUUCACCGACAGGAUGUGGGAUGUUCCUGAACAUAAAACAGUUGCAUGGACAACUGCAAUGGAAGCAGAAACAUUAAAAUUAAUUUCAGAGGGCUGCAAUCCAAAAGCUUUGCAUCAAAAGGAAGUAAAGCAUGAAUCAAAGGACACUCUGGGGGAAGUUUUUAAGACUCAUAAUGCUAUACAGACAUUAGAUAAGACUAUUUCAAAUUUAGAGAUGGAAUUAGCUGCCGCAAGGGCAGCUCAGGAGUCUAUACGAAGUGGCUCUCCUUUAUCGCAGGAUCUAAUGAAGAAUGAAUCAUCUGGAAAAAGACAGUAUCUAAUGAUAAUAGGAAUUAAUACUGCUUUUAGCAGCCGAAAGAGAAGAGAUUCAGUUCGUGCAACAUGGAUGCCACAAGGUGAGAAGAGAAAGAAGCUGGAGGAAGAGAAGGGCAUUGUCGUUCGAUUUGUCAUUGGUCAUAGUGCCACAUCAGGGGGAAUUCUAGACAGAGCUAUUGAAGCGGAGGACAGAAAGCAUGGAGACUUCCUGAGGCUGGACCAUGUUGAAGGCUACCUGGAAUUGUCUGCCAAGACAAGGGCAUAUUUUUCAACUGCUGUUGCUUUGUGGGAUGCAGAUUUCUACAUUAAAGUUGAUGAUGAUGUCCAUGUAAAUAUAGCAACACUUGGAGAAACUGUAGUAAGGCAUCGAUCAAAACCACUGGUAUAUAUUGGAUGCAUGAAAUCUGGUCCUGUUCUUAAUCAGAAGGGAGUGAGAUACCAUGAACCUGAGUAUUGGAAGUUUGGUGAGGCAGGAAACAAGUAUUUCCGUCAUGCCACAGGACAGCUCUAUGCUAUUUCAAAAGAUCUGGCUACGUACAUAUCAACAAACCAGCACGUUCUACACAAGUACGCUAAUGAAGAUGUCUCACUGGGAUCAUGGUUUAUUGGCCUUGAUGUGGAGCAUAUCGAUGAUCGGAGACUAUGUUGUGGCACUCCACCUGAUUGCGAGUGGAAGGCUCAGGCAGGCAACAUUUGUGUAGCUUCAUUUGACUGGAGCUGCAGUGGGAUUUGCAGGUCUGCUGAUAGGAUUAAGGAGGUCCAUCGGCGUUGUGGGGAAGGUGAAAGUGCUCUGUGGAGUGCUUCUUUCUGAGAAGCAUGCAGCUUGGAGUUCUUCCAUACUCAGGAUGAUUAUAAACUAGAGUAGUGAAGCAACCAUGCAUUUUUCUUUUAUAUUUCUUUUGUGUGUGUAUAGAGAGUAUGUCAUCUACACGUGCGGGGAGAGAGAGAGAGAGAGAGAGAGAGUCGCUACGUGGACAUUCUGCAUUUUAAGAGAGGAGAUUGACCAUAGUAGCAACCAGAAGGAAGAGACAAUCACCACCCAUUCUUGGAUGCUUGGAGGGCCAAUUUGUAAGUUAUAUGAAUUCCAUGGCGAUAAAGCGAUCCUAAAAACUCCGUCUUUGCUGGUGUUUUGCUGCUCUUCCUUCCGUAUAUGGUAUUGUAGUUCUGUUUUUCAACUAUGAAUUUGAAGAAAUAAAGUAAUACUCUCUUGAUGAUCUCUUUCCUAA